AUGCCUCGACUUCCAAUUAUUGUAGAUGGUGAUUGCGAUUCACGAUUCGAUAGAGUUAAACAAGUUUUUCACAAUAAUUUCACACAACGAUGGGAAAGUGAAGGUGCAGCAUUCGCGGCAUAUUUCAAAGGUGAAAAAGUGGUUGAUUUAUGGGGUGGAUAUGCAGAUUCAACAUCUCAUCGAAAAUGGAAAAAUGAUACAAUGACAAUGCUUUUCAGUUCUACUAAGAGCAUAUGUGCAAUAUGUUUUGCAAUAUUGGUUGAUCGUGGCCUGGUUGCGUACGAUGAUUUAGUUACCAAAUAUUGGCCUGAAUUUGGACAAAAUGAUAAGGAAAAAAUUACAAUCGAAAUAUUACUUUCACAUCAGGGUGGAUUGGCUUACGUUGAUAAAAUGAUUGAAGAAGCAGAUAUUAUGGAUUGGAGACGAAUGUCGAAAAUUUUUGAAGAUCAAAAACCAAAUUGGACACCAGGACAAGAGGUUGCUUAUCAUGCAAUGACAUUUGGUUGGUUGAUCGAUCAGCUGAUACGAAGGAUUGAUCCUGGCAAACGUUCAUUGUCACAAUUUUUCAAGGAAGAAAUAGCUGAGCCACAUAAUCUCGAUUUGACCAUUGGUGCUCCAUUAGAAUUAGAGCACAGGAUAGCACGAUUAGCUUGGGCACCAAAAUUUUUAGCUGCUCGAGAGUUAAUUCAAUAUCCAACUCUAUUAAAAAUGUUUUGGAAUGGAGCAUUCACACCGAUCAAUUUGAGAAAUCGAAUGCUUCGUAAUGUACAGCAAAAUGUUGCUUGGAUGGGAAGCAGUGCAACAAUAUUCAACAAUCCAGAUAUUCGAUCUUUGGAUAUACCGUCAGCAACUGGUAUGGGUACUGCUCGAUCACUUGCAAAACUUCAUGCAUUGAUUGUGGAUGGAAAACUCUUGAAAGCAGAAAUUUUAGAGAAGCUAUUUUCCGAUCCAAUAGUUUUGAAUCAAAUGGAUUCAUUGUUAUUAAGUAAUGUAUCAUUUGGAAAAGGAUUCUUCUAUACAAAGAAUUCUCAGGGUCAAUGGUUAAUUGGUCAUCCAGGAUUAGGUGGUCAAAAUGUUAAAAUGGAUUUAACAAAUGAAAUAGCAUUUGCAUAUCUCUGCAAUGGUUUAAAAGUUGGACAUUCUGAUUUAACGGUAACAUUUAUACGAUUACAGAAUGCACUUUAUGAAUGUCUUCGUGAAAAUAAUUUGUUGAAGGAAAUUCCAGAAGAAAAAACUGAGCAAAACUCUAAAACUGUUACAGAAGGAAACAACUUACAAGAAACUUCAUCUAAAAAUAUUCAUCAAACAGCUCCAAUGCCGCUUGAAGCUGAUGAUAAGACGAUUUUGGCUUCUGAUACAUAA